AUGGCCAAACCGGAAAACACGGCCGUUGUUCGCACACGUGCGAUAGGGAAGAUCGUCAGUUCUGAUGAUGUCGAUAUCGCUUCAAGAGCUAUUGAAGGCACUCAAACCACUGAACUGCACAUUGACCAUGCCACUUCUGCGAGACUACUCAAAUCAAUAGACAGACAAAUGAUGCCUAUCCUCUACAGUGUGUAUGAUCAAAACUUCCUUGAUAAAACUGCAUUGACCUACGCAUCAGUGAUGGAUCUGACAGCUUCUCAUGUCGAUGGCGGCAUUGAACUGCACGGCGGACAGGAGAGUUGGCUAGCAAGAGUAUUUUUCUUCGGAUACCUCUCCGAAGCAUGGCCUACAACUCGUCUACUGCAGUAUCUUCCCCUCGCAAAGUAUCUCACUUUCAAUAUCAUCGUCUGGGGGGCCGUCCUCUGCUGUUUCCCUAAUGCAACCAAUUUCGCCGGUGCUAUGGUGCUCCGUUUCUCCUUAGGUUUACUGGAAUCUUCUAUUACAUCAGGCUUCGCCUUGAUCAGUGAUCACAUGCCUGUGGUACAUGGAGUCCGAACAAGAACGGGGCCAACUGCUCUGCAUUCAACGGAUCAAAGGCAACCAACAGGGUAUCGGAACCCGUUGUUGGAGGAGACACCAGGCGACCCUACUCUCCGUGAUAUCUAG